AUGACCCUUGGAUUCUCGAAUACUAAAGGUAUCGCAGCAAUUAUGGUGGCCAGAAUGGUUGAGCAAGGUUUACUGAAUUACAAAGAUCCUGUUGCUAAAUACUGGCCUGAAUUCGCACAAAACGACAAAGGGAAUAUCACUGUUGAAAUGCUGCUGAGUCAUCAAGCAGGUUUAGUUUCUCUUGAUGAGCCAAUCGGACUUUUCGAUAUCACAGCCAAUCCGGAAAAAGUAGAGAGAAGUUUAAGUGUCCAGAAAACUGCAUGGCCGGCAGGUUCCGCUCAUGGUUAUCAUUCACUUACGUACGGUCUUUACGUCGACACACUUAUCCCAAAAAUAGAUCCACGUAAAAAAUUCGCCACAGAUCCAAAUUCAUUAGUUGCCACUGGUGCGAAGGCAGUUAAAGAGUUUGCUCAAGGUUCAUCCCUACUUCUUAAUAAUCCUUAUUAUACAGAACAUGUUUUGUCAUGUUGCUAUGGUACCGGUACUGCACGAGGUUUCGCGAAGGUAUAUGGUAUACUUAGCAACAGUGGUGUGGACGAAAAUAAUCAACGACUUCUCUCAGAAAAAGCCAUCAAAAUAUUAGCAACACCUCUUGUUUCCGGCGAAGAUCAAACAUUAGGAGUAGAAACAAAAUUCGGACCAGGAACAGGCUUCAAGGAAAAUCCUAGGGGCGAACUUAUCUUUGGACAUUCCGGCAACGGGGGACAGGUAGCCAUGGCAGAUCUUAAAAAUAGUAUAGGAGUCGCCUAUUUGACAAAUUACCUUUCGAUGUAUGCGUUUGGUGACGAUCCCAGAUAUGUUGAUCUAGAAAAUGAACUUUAUAAAAGUCUUGACAGUUAUAAAACACGUGCAAGUUAA